AUGUUGCCUUCUCCCCGCACUGACCGCCGAUCCUUUUCCUUCGUGACCUGCGAACGGUGUCACCCCCCAGGUUUCGACCGAACUUUAGGUCACACUUCAAGGGUGCAGCGCUACCAAACCCCUCGGGUGAUCAAAACCCUGGACCCGAAGCAGCAGCCGGACCCCGGGGCUCCGGAGAUUCAGGCUCUGAAGAACCAGCUGACGGAGAAAGAGAAGAAGCUCCAACACCUCGAGCACGACUACGAGAAGAGCCGAGUCCGACACGACCAGGAAGAGAAACUCAUCAUCACCGCCUGGUACAACAUGGUGAGUUUAAGAGUACAGAAAAAACAUGAGGAUGACCGAACAGGUUUUUAUGCAUUUCAAAAACAAUACAGGUUUUGA